GGCCGGAGCGGGGCCAUGUCGUCCGCCGGCCGCCAGCCCAGCCAGAGCCGGGCCAUCCCCACCCGCACCGUCACCCUCAGCGACGCCGCGCAGCUGCCCGCCGACUACUGCACCACCCCCGGCGGGACGCUCUUCUCCACCACGCCGGGAGGCACCCGGAUCAUCUACGACCGCAAGUUCCUGCUGGACCGCCGCAACUCCCCCAUGGCCAAGACCCCUCCUUGUCAUCUCCCCAACAUUCCCGGCGUUACCAGCCCUGGCGAGGCCGGCGAGGAGCCCAAAGAGGACAGCAACAGUCUGAACCACCAGGAGGGGAAGCCAGCCAUGGGGGACGACGCUCAGUUCGAGAUGGAUAUCUGAGCAGGAACCACGGAGAGGCAGCGACUCCCCAGACCUGUGCACCCCCCAUUCGGCUUAGCAGGAUCUGUCCCAGCGAGGCGGAGGUGGCAGUGGGUCCCCACCAGCGUCCCCCCCCCGCCCGCCUCCCCCCUUUUUUUGGGGAGUGCAGCUCUGUCUUGUCCCCCUUUGUGGGUGACCAGUCCCAGCAUGUGCCGGAUAGAGCAUCCCUUCUGGAUCCGGCCCCGUUCCUCCUCCUCCACCCACCAACAGCCUGAUCUCCACCGGGCUUCUUUCUGAAACAUCCCUUUGCCUCUUGUGCUGCCUCAUACCCCCUCAAAAACCCCCUCCUGCUAUCCCAGACCUCCCAUUGCCGUCAGCUUGCCGGAGCUGCGUCAUUCCCUUUGCCCCCUUCUCCCGGAAAAUUUGGGCAGCCUCUUGGGAGGAGGAGGAAACAUCACUCUUAAAACCACGUGCCUGCUUGCACCCCGAGGAGGGUAUUAUUUGAGCCCCUCCAGGAUGUGCUGGCAUUCAACAGAGGACAACUUCUGCAGCCCAUUCCCUUUGGUGCUCCGGGGAUCCGACACAGUCCCACUGGCGUUGGCCAGUGCGCCCACAUCUCUCCUACCUGGAUUUCUUCCAUCUUGGCCCUUCAACCAGGAGCUGUGUCCCCAGCCCGCCAGCCAGGACUCCCAGUGACACAGCCAUAUGUUAGAAAAACCCCUUGCUUUUAUUUUUUUGGUACUAAAAAGGGGCACUUUACUCCCAACAACUCUUUUUCUGGGCUGGGGACAAGUGCCUCUGGGAAAGUGCUUUGUAGUGCUCUUUUUUUUUUUAAACCCCCGGCCCUUUAAAAUGUGAAUAAUACAGGAGGGAGAUCCCUUAGCACCGUUGGAUGUCUCAGGAAUCGCUGGGUGUCCCCGGGGAUUUGGGGGCUCGCUGGUGAGGCACCGCAGGGACGGGGUGCUCCAUUUGUAGGGUGCUGGCAUCGGUGCCGUCCUCUACUUGCUCUUUGGGAUGGGACUUCCCUCCCACCUCCAUCAUUCUGCCGUGGAUAAAGGAUUUCCAUGUUAACCUCCCUGCCGCCGGCGGCUUUGCCAGCCUGGCACGUCGUGGCCAUCCCAUGCCUGGCAUCUUGAACCCCUUCCCCCCCCCAGAGAUGGAAUUUAUUUUUCCUCCUCCCUCUCCUUGACGAGCAGUGCUGGGUGAGGCCGUGCACGGUGGGGCUCUGCUGUGCACCCCCAAUCCCACCAGCCCCCCGUUUUGAUUUUUCCUGCCUGCUGGGAGCUAUCACCAGCUCCGCAACCUUCUCAAGUGCCAUUUUAUCAGCCCCCACCCGAGUGCCUGCUCCAUCCAUCCUCCCUCCCUUGCCGGGGUCACCCCCCACCUCGGUACCCAGCCCUGGGGGAUCCGUGGCUCUGCAUGCCGGGGACAGGGACGUCCCACAGGCUUUGUGCACUUUCCAUCCCGUAAUUUAUUUCUCUAGGCGUGUUUGGUGUGGGUCGGCGUGGUGGCUGGUUGCGAGCUCCCAUCUUCCAACUUUUCUCUUGAGGGUGGGGCUGCUGCUCAUUUUAGGGGGGGGAGAAAUCCAAAAGCACAACCCAGGGGAAUUGGGAUGUCUUUCCCAUCCUUUUCCCUGGCACGGGAAGCGCAAGGUGAACACGUAGCCCGGCCGUCGUAGGCGCGCGAGUGAGUGAGUGCAAGUGGACAUACGUAUACACGUGUGGGUGGGUGGUGAUAAGACACACACAAAUAUAUAUAUUAUAUAUAAAUAAAUAUAUUUUCCUUAAAGCGAAGAUCCUAGGAGGUCGGUUAGGCCCUCGGAUCGAGGGAGUGGCAGGGGCAGGGGGCGAGGACAUCCUUCGUGGAGCGGGGACGGCCACCGUGGAUGCGGGGACCCGGCGCCCUCGGCACAGCUGCUCGUUUUGGGAAACCUGCUCUCCAAGCCAAAAACGAUUAGACAAUAUCCAAGGACAACGUAACUUAUGGACAGGAGCCAGAGGGAAAACACUUCUUUUUUUUUUUUUUUUCCCUAAAUGCCCCCUUUCCCAGCCUCCUUUUGUCUCCAUUCCCCAUCCCAGUGCCUUUCUCCCGGUUCUCUUCUAUAAUCAGGCUUGGGGCUGAAGAGCAGGGAGGGAGUGCCUGGCCUCGCCGGGGCAUUCCUCUGCUAGUCAGGGGAUCCAUUUGGGAUUUUUUGCUGUUUUUUACCGUCUCUUCAAGCAGGUGUUUGGGAGGAGAAAAGCUCUCGCCAGUGGUUGCUGUUACAGUGAGAUCAAUAAAGAUCUUGGUUCUAUUAAA